CAGAUCGUGCCCUGCUUCCUUGCGAGGUCAUUGCUCGAUCCGUCGCGUGCAGAUGCGCGUCGGAUUCUUGGGGGCAAUUGCUACCCAGUAGAAAACCCCGGGUGGAGGUUGUGGGUUUACAAUAUUGAGCAGUUUCGCUGUUGGGUUUGGAUGGGUUUGUUGGUAGUGCAGAAGUUGGGGUUUGGUGUGGCCUUGGGAGGUUGAGAAUUGCGGACGUGGGGACGGAGCGUGGCAAUUGAAGAUCAAUUGAGCGAGAGUGGUGGGGGACGCAGGAGUGUGAAUCAGGGAUUGCUUAGGGUUUUUAGGGUGGCGAAUUGGGUGGGAGCCGCGUUUAGAUGGAGUGGCGAGGGCGUGUGAGGUUAUGUUGACCUUUUGUGGCUUAUAGCAGUUUUUUUUUUUUUUUUUUUUUUUUUUUUUUUGUAAUUAGGGGAUUAGUUUUGGAGAGUGGAGUGCAAUUGGGAUUGACCAAAAGUUGGAAUGGAAGUGUGGGUGUAGGAAAUGACCAAGGAUUGAGUUGGAUUGUUAGCUUGCAUAGCGAGUAGAAUUGUAUUUCGGGGUGUGGGGGUGGCUGCCGUGCUAUGGGGAAUUCGUCAAGCAGUGGUCGGCGCAACAGCCAUAUUUUGUCCCAAAGCCCUGGCCAUCCGCCUCCACCUCGGAUGUAUCCUGCUCCGCAUAGGUACCCUGGUGGGCAUGCCCCGCCCCCAGGUCCUGGAAUGUAUCCACCUAAUGUUCGUUACUAUUCAUAUCAUCACUAUAAUGGUCUGAUACCGCCUUCACAAUUUUACUCACAAAAUUUUAUCCAAAGCAAUGGGCAAUUCAUGAUAAAUCUGCCUCCGCCGCAAUUGUAUAGUCAACCAGGUGGAAUGCCUUCACACCCUGUGUCUCAGCCUCCACGACCCUUGGAAGUUGUAGAGCAUCAGAGAGCUAGUACCAUCCAGAAUACUGUGAAUUUGAAGAAGGCUACACUCCGGCUGGAGAAAGACGAAGAAAAUCGCGGUUCUUAUUUGGUGUCUUUCUCCUUUGAUGCUACUGCUGCUGGAAGCAUAUGUAUCUUUUUCCUUGCAGAAGAGGGUGCAGACUGCAGCCUAUCACCAGUGAAGCCCGAUGCCUACACACCAUUGCGAUCUGAAUUUGAGAAAGGUCUGGGACAAAAGUUCAGGCAGGCUCCAGGAACAGGCGUCAAGUUUUCUAAGUUCGGUGAAAAAGAAUUGUUGAAAGGAGGAGAACACUACGUAUUUCCAUUAGUGAUCCGAAUGGAAACAUUGCCAAAGUCGCCCCCAGCUGAUGAGCCGCCGCGAGAAUCAUUGCCUCUUGGAGCUCCCCUACCAGACUGGGUGCACGCACAGAUCACACAAGCAACUAUUGAGAAGAAGGACGAUGAUUCAUACCAGGUGCGGGUGGUGAAGCAAAUUCUUUGGAUCUCUGGCCUCCGAUAUGAGCUACAAGAAAUCUAUGGAAUCGAUAACAGUGGAAUAGGUGGUAAUUUUGAUGGCACUGUUGCUGGGAAAGCAUGCGUCGUGUGUAUGUCAGAACCUCGGGAUACCACUGUUCUGCCUUGUCGACACAUGUGUAUGUGUAGUGAAUGCGCCAAGGUAUUGAGAUUCCAAACCAAUCGCUGCCCCGUUUGUCGUACCCCAGUGGAGAAAUUGUUAGAAAUAAAAGUGCCCAAGAGAGGUUCUGAGCUCGGUGGCGCUGCGGAAUCUAGUAGUUCACAAUCGGGUGCGGCAACUGCAAAGGACCUUAUUGGCGACUGUGACAAAGUGGAGCAUAUCGAUCCGAAGUCGAUACUGGUACAGGCCUCGGAUGGAACAAGUAAAAGCUGAGUGCAAGAAUAAGAUAAAGUUUUGGCCCAUCAUACAGAUUUGUAGGAAGGGUGAUGUUUGCGAUGUGUCUCAUGCAAGGACGGUGAUACCCCAUCCUUCCAUUUCUGAACCGGUGGUAGAUAUCAUAAGCUGGGAGGCGUUCCGGUGCGGUACCGUUUUUUUUCUUUAAUUGAUUCUUGAUAUCAAACGUCUUGAUAAAGAUCAUGGUCCCUCGUGAAGGGUGCCUGCUAGUUACUGUUUCAAGUUACAUAUUCUGUAAUAUACCCCGUAUCCUGAUGAACUUAGUGCUUUGAAGAGAUAAAUUAAGUAUUUGAGGUGCUUAUGCACAAUUUCUUUUGGAUUGGGGCAAGUACAACGGUUGAGAAUUAAUUUGUUCUUAGCUGCUCUAUUUGAUAUUUGUACUGCAACGCUACACUAGUUCUGAAUUUAUGAUUAGGGUCGUUGUAAUUCAACAUGAAAGGUUGGUUCGUGUGCAUUUAAGCGAUGCAUGAAGCCUCCCUGACGACCCGGAAACAGUUUCACCAUGACUGCUAUGAUUGACAGUAUAUGCGACACAUCUUCUCUUGAA